AUGUAUGAAUGGCAGAGAUGCGGUUUUGUUUACACAAAUACUGAAGCACACGUGAACUCGCAGUGAUUUUUGGACUCUGCAUCUCACUACAUGAACACAUGAACUUACAGGCUGUGAGAGUCACUUCAUGAGAAUUUUACCGUUUCAUUUGAGAAAACUAGCAUCAUAUCAUACUGUAUACACACAGAAACUUCACGGCAACCUGUCAAAAUAAAAGUGUGGUUUAACAUGUAACAGAAAUAUAUUACUCUUGUAUUACUUUUGUACAGUAUAAUGAACCUCUUUAUAUAUUCCAUUUACUGACAAAUUUAAAUAAAACAAUUUUAAAUGAUAAAAAUAAUUAUUACAACCACAUUAACAACUUAAUUAUAGAAAAAAUACAAUUAUUAAAACUUUUUUUAAAGGAAUAUUCACACGAUUUUUCUACCAUGUAUUAAUUUUAACAGUAAACCUCUGUUUGUUUGCCAAAAAAUAAAAGGGUUUCAUUUUCAUUUGAUUAAAAAUAAAUAAAUGUCUCAUGCCUUCAUUUGAUUAUCAGAAAAAAUAAAACAAGAAUUUCUGGAAGAUAAAAAAGAAAAAAAUUUGUAGGGCCCUACUAAUUUCAAAAUGUUGAAAUUGAGAGUUUUGGUCUUAUUUUUUUAACUGAAAUAAAUGUUUUUGUUAUUACACAGAGAGUAAAGUACCGGGGGAAAAAAAGGUACCGUUGGGUACUGGUACCGAAUUUCAGGUACCUGUACCGUACCGGUUCAAAUGUGAACGGUACCCAACCAUAGUCACAGGGGUCGUAGGUGACUGGUAGUGACAGGCAGAUUACUGAAGGCCUUUUCCGACAGCUGAGUAUUUCGGUUCCUGUUCUGACACACCUAUCUAUUUCUUCCUUUCUAUUUAUUUUUAACCCAGUGCCAGCAAAGAAUGUGCUCUUAACAGCCAAUCACAAGAAAGCACAUUAUCAGCAUCAUGUGAUUAGUGAAUGGCAGACAAUAUUUUGGUGUAGUAUUGAGUACUGUAAAGGCAGUGUAUGAGCAAACCGUUGUUGUGUUCUUUCUUAUACACGUUUAGGGUUUUGUCACCUUUGUAUAGCUCAGAGUGACUGGCAGGGGUGUGCAGAAUGCAGGCUGUUGUGAGGAUUCACAGAGUUUGUUCCACCCGCCACGGGAUUACAGGACUUAAUAAAAUCAAAUCUUCUAUUCAGCCAAACUGUUUGUCGGAGAAAUCUCAUUUUACACUCAUUCAUGCCCUCAUUCAUUUAGGGUUUUGGUACUUUGUGACUCACCCUCUCAUAUCUCCUUCUUUUCCAUCUCACCUUUUCACUUGGUGUGGGAACCCUGUAAAGAGGAAAUUAAAUGAUUUAUUCUGUAAUUAUUUACUCUCACUUAUGUCAGUCAAAACUUGUAUGACUGACUUUAUUCUCUGGAACACAAAAGGAGAUGUUUAACAGAACGUUCACACUGCGUUUGUCCACACAGUUAGUGUUUAUGAAAACUUUGUCAAGCUCAACAAAGCAUGAAAGAGCACCAUAAGGUUAUGUUUUAUGUCAUCUAAUGCCCAGUAAUCUAUAAAAAAAACAUUAAUUAUUUAUAUUAAAAUUAUUAAUAAUAAAAACAACAACUAUUAUUAUUAACAUUAAUAAUUAAAAAAUGAAAAAAUCAACACUAUGAAAUGUAAUCUUAAGUAAAUGUAAAAUUGAAUAUCAGUUAUUCAUAUUGUAUAUUAUAAUGUUGUGAUGGAGUGAAAUUAGUGUAAAAGUAAAUCAUGACAGAAUUUUUUUUUUUUUAUUUUUUUAUAACUGAACUAUCCUUUUAUGCAUAUAUGCAAAGAGCUGUAGCUCUUGUCUCAGUGUAAUUGUAUUAGGCUUUCUUGCAGCAGUGUGUGUCAAUGUUGAAUUGGUCAGGCUUAAAGCUUUUGUUGGUGUUUCUCUGCACUUUGAUCCUGCCUAUUGUCUCCUUGGGGCUACAUUUAGCCAGAAGCAUUCGCCUGGGAACAGUGGAUAGGACACUGAUAUUCUCUUGGUUCCCAGAACUGUGUGUACAGAGAUGGGCCGGUGUGAGGCAGGGGUAACAGCUGCACCUCCCCCAGGGUCUUGUGAUAUCAUGAGAAUGCCCUCUCCCUCAUUACUCGGUGUUUUUGUGUGUCUCUGACUGUCUUGCCAACAUAUAUACACACACACACACACACACACUAUCAGUCGAGUUCGGAGGAGGGUGAAGCUUCUUCUAAUUUGUCUUUAAUUUAGAUUGUCACGCUCUUCACAUUCUCUUUUCGUGUCAUGGUACUUCACAGCCCUCAGAUAGACAGAACGCUCCUGGACACAGCUUUAGAGGAUUGUCGUUUAACAACAAAUUCUGUCAUGGCCUCAGUUCACACAGAAGUGGAUAUUUACUCUGGCCGUGGACAAGCUGAGACUUGAAUGCAUAUCGUGAUCUGACAGUUGAUGGUUCUGAUGAAGAUAAAGGAAAUAUGGCUGGAAUUGCUGAAACUUUCAUAAUCAGAGCUGAUAGUUUGGUAGCAGGCUUUUACAGUAUGCAAUGUUGUGCUUUUGCAACCGUGAUAAACCUGUCACUGGAGACGCUUUCCAGUUUCACUUCUGAGUAAAAGACUUUGUUGCAUAUCCAGCUGUUUUACUCGUGAAUAUGAAGAAAAGAAAGGAAAGACUUGGAGCCCCCAACCUGCACUUACAGUAAGAGUUGAUUUAGAUCUUGUGGUAGGGCUGCACGAUUUGAGGGAAAAAAUUUAAUUGCGAUUUCUUUUUUUUUUUCUGAUAACAAAAUAAGAAAAAAAUAACAACCUCGAGGUUUGCUAAGCUUGUUUGUAGGGCUGCACAAUUUGGCAGAAUUGUACGCAAAAUGUAUAUUUAUAAAUAUGAACAUUACAUUUUUUUUUAUUGUUUUGUUAGUACUAAAAUAAAAUAAUAAUAAUUUAAUUUUAAAGUUCAUCUGUGAAAAUACAGUACUAAUAUUUAUAACUGUCUUAAUUUCUCUGAUUUCAAAUGUUAAACCAUCAUUUUUAAUUUUGGCAAAAAGCUGCAGGGAGCUCUUAAAGCUUUUCUUUUGUUGACAGUAGCUGGUUUAUAAACACUUCUCAUUACGUGUAAGGAAAGCAUUUAAUAAGCGACUCAGAGCAGAUGAGUUGAUGUUGAGCAUAAUUUACUGCAAACCAAGCCACUCUGAGACACUGAAAUCCCUGGAUCAUGAGCUACUCACAUGUAAAAGAAAACAUUGCCUUGCAUCACUUUAAAACAUGCAGCACAUACAGUAUAUUCAUUUAUUUAAAUCGCAGCAUCUGCUAUUUGAUAUGCACACUAAGCCAUAUCCCAAUUUCAAUUUUAUUUUGAUUAAUCAUGCAGCCCUGGUAUAAGCCCACAAAUUUUGCUUGUGUUUGUUUACAGAAGCUUAAUUCUUUCCUUAUUCUUUACUUGAGUCCAGCUAACUGUCACUCAUUUUUUUAAUGCAUGAACUUUAUCCAUUGAGGUUUCUAAACAUGACCACAGCAUUAGCUUUAUACAAACAGACCUCCUUGACGGUUAAGCACUGGGUUUCCUCUUUCUCCCUCUCUCAGUCUGUCUGGGAACACGAUACCUGCUUUCCCCUCUUGCUCUGAGUGGUGGCUGAAUUUCUAGCUCUAAUCUGGUUGAUUGACAGCCACAGUGUGUAGCUCAGUUUACAGCCUCCAAACACAACCCAUCAGAACAGCAGAAAGACUCAAGCAAAGGGAAGUCUUUACUCAGCAGAGUUUGUGUGUGUUUGUGCAUGAUUCAGUCAUGUCAAAGGCCAGCUUUUGCCAGGUCAGCUUCUUUUACCCCUUCUUUUACCCCACUCCACUCUGGGAGCACAUCUGUGUCUUGGCUGGCUGAAACAGCUCCCUGUUGCCUGAAAACCAAGUUUUAGUCUAGCAUGGUGGUAUAAUUUCAAUUCCAGACUGAGUUUCUCUUAGGAUUUAGAACUUGGUUAGUUUUUAUCCAUUUAGUUUUUUAUAACAUUAACCCUUGGUUUCAAAAACAAGGCUUAAGGUUAGUCUCAGGCUGAUGAUACACGAGGCAAUUUUUUUUAGCAAUUUUGCCAGACAACUUUUUUUCGAACAAUGUUGCUUGGCCACUUUCCCGUUGAGAAUGGGUAACAAAUUCUAUCUGUAUACUUUAGAUCGGUCAUGGGCCCUAUGGUUGCCCGUUGCUCGGCAACAUUGCUCAGAAAGUUGCCCAGUGUAUCAUCAGCCUCAGACUAAAAUGCAUAUUUUCUCAACUGAAAAUAACUUGCACUGACAUAUCUUAAAAUAUGUCAGUGCCAUUGCUUUGUCUCAAGAUUUGUUUGUUUGUUUGUUUUUUCUUAGGCAUUGUAGCAAAUUAGCUCAAAAGGGAAAUGUACAUAAAUAAUUACAAUUAAUUAUGAUUAAUUACAAUUAUUUAUAUCAGCCGCCAGUAGUAACUGUAGCGGAAUUAAAUUGCCAUAAUCUAGUCUGUUGGUCCAGCGAACAUUCAGUGUAAGUUCAUAUCAACUCUAAGAAAGGAUAUUCUCGUGGCCACAGAAAAUACUUUCCUAAGUAUUAAUGCAUUAGAGCAUGAAGUAAGGAUCAAAAAUCGUAAAGGGACAUUAAUUUGCAAGGCAGAAUCAGAAACUCAUGUAAUUUGUGCACAAGAGUUUUAUUAACUAAACACUUAACAACACAAACUAGUCUAACAAACAAACAUACAUGCAUACAUACACUCACGCGUACAUACAAAGGGGAGCUAAAGUGGAUGAAUGAAGCCAAUAGAGAAACCAGAGAAUGCAGUUAUGGAAAGAGUCAGUUAACCACUUGAGUAAAAACCAUCAGUGCCAUUUAUAACGUGGUCUAUAGCAUAUACUAAACCACUGUUUCGUUUAGUUAAAUGUGCGAUACUUGCAUUGCCUUUGUCUUUGACGAAUGUCCGGAUGCAGUCUCAGAUGAAAGUCUUGAUGGUUUGAAGGUUUUGGACUCGCGAUCACGUUCUUCCGGGUUGAAGAGUGAUGAUUUCCAAAGAUGUCAUCACUUGAUAGUGAUUGGGAGUUUCUUCUCAGGUAGAAAGUGAAAAAGAGCUAAGAGAGAGAUCCGAGGAUCUUUGGUUGAAUGGAAAGUCAAGGCCACAAGGCCUGGCGCAAAACUUAAGGGUUGCUGAGGAGCUCACAUCCUCCUCAUCCUCUUAGGAUCUAAAAGAACCGCAAAACUGGCAGGCGGGUCACUGAUGUGAGAGCUUUAUCUGAUAUAGAGGUCACACCUCUGGGGAGUCAAAGAGCCAAAGGUGACUUUAACUUUUGGAGGGAAAGUUCACAACUCUUUGUCUCUGAACAUGAUAAUUUGCAUAUGUAUUUUGCCUGGGGUUAAUGCAAAAACUACUAAAGAUUCUUAGGACACUAAUAUGUUGCAUGGGUAUCAACAUGUAAUAUUCACUCUAGAUCAGAUCAUCCAAAGACGAAUUGAUAGAGACCAAACAUGGUAUAAGUGAGUGAUAUUAACUAGUGAUCUAUCAUAAGCAUGCAUAAAACAGUAUAUAGCACAAAAGAACAUAUACAAGAACAGUAAUAAUAUACACAAUGGGCCUCAUUCAUGAAACAUUCGUAAAUAUAGGAGUAAAUUAUGAGUAAUUCGCCUGUAAAACUGACCUUCCCGAAAACUCUCCUCUGGAUUCAUAAACGCUUCACAAACUUACGAUUUGAUAGUAAAACAUGUUAUGUUAAUGAAUUCCAAUCAUUCGUAAAUAGGGCGCUCAUGCACGCUCAUUCGCAAUUAGCAUAAUCCCCGCCUAUGACUACAGCUACGCUAAUUUUGUGUCCAGGAACGCAGAAUAUUCUGGUUCACUUUCUCAAGUUUGGCUCCAGUAUAUUGCAUAAAUGCAAAAAAGGCUAAUAGGCCAUAUAGCUAACAAUAAAUAUUCAAUAACGUGUGUCCACCAAAGUGUUUUUAGCCACCUGAAAAAUGACAGGAGCUCUUCUGAAAACGGCCAGCUGGUGGCGCUUGAAAACGCUUUGGUGGCACAGCGUUUUUCCCAUAGACUGUAAAAAAAAAAAAAAAAAAUAGUAACGUAUUACUAGUAUAUCAUUUUGAAGAAUGUUACUGAAUAUAAAAAAUCAGUAACCAGUAAUAUUAACUUCUCUUUUGUUGUUCAGUUGUUGUACAAGUAGGAUGAUUGGUCGGUGUAGUAAUUGUCCCAUCCCACCUCCAUUGGCUGGCUAAAAAGUGACAAUGACAAGUGCUGCGUUCUACCCAAAGCUAAACCGGAGCUGAACAGUUGAUCAACUCUCAGCUACAAAAAAAUAAAUGCCAUUAGGUCAUAAAGUUUAUCUGGUCUGGCUGAGGUAUUCUGGUUACUAUGGUAACCAGGGGCCUGGAGUCAUUCACAGACAUAUUGGCACCCAGUAUGUGUAUUGGAUGAGGGGUCUGUGGUUAUUUGUUAAUCUAAUGACUAAUUGAUUUGUUAAAUCUAAUGAAAAAUUGUGUGUCUGAUUGGUCCAAAUGCUACAUAAGUUUUAUAAAAGCUGCGUAAAUAUCCUAAUUUAACUAAUGCCUAGUCCUGGUUUAAGCUAAACUCUGUCUGUGAAACCAGGGCUGUUCACACUAAGAUGUCAAACAAAACAAUGCAUCUAUAUGGAUUCCUGAAACAUUUAUGUAUGUAUGUUGCAUAGGUGCAGAUGUGUUAUAUAAUAAAAAAUAAAAAUAAAAACUAUAUAACAAGAUAUAACAUUUUCCACAGAAAAAUCAAAAAAUUUUGUGUGUUUGAAACUACAAUUGAUAUGAUAAAUGCCUUAUCAGCAAGCAGAGCAAAAGGAAGCAAUGUGUUAACUAAAAAAAAAAAAAAAAUUGCUAACAAAUUGGAAUGAUUAUUUUACAGCUGUAUCAUUAGCUGUAUAAUUGUUUUACAUUUUGAUGUAUUCCUGUAUUGCUCUGUCAUGCCACUAUAACUCUAACACACUAUAACACUAUAACAAUUUCAUUUUAGUAGACUGACAACAUAUUGUUCAUAUUUUAGUGAUGGGUUGCAUUUUGCCUGAAAUCUGUUUUCCAAUUUAUCGUAUUCUAGCUUCAUUCAUAUAUUCAACAGUUCCUUAGGCCAACAAACAAAGAUUUAUGGCUUGGACAGUAAAUAGAUUUGUUGUGGGAAAAUCUUUUUGUUAUUUGCAUUGUGUUGUAAUGUCACUCUUGUGUGAAUAAGCCUAAAUAGUGUGAAGAAGUUUUAAAUUAACCAUACAAAUUGCCAGUUACAGUCAGAACUGUGGUAUGGAUGUAUAAAGACCUGUUGUGCUUGGGGGGACCAAGAUUCGAGUCAGGGCCAGGCCAUGUCCUUGUCCCGUUCCCUUUCUUUUCCCUUGUUAUUCCCAAGUCUUGCUCUGUCUAGCUGUUUAAAAGGAAGAACACAUCCUGUGUGUUGAGUGUUAUUUCUACCCCAGACUAACAGCUACCGGGUGCAGUGAUGGAAAACAAGAUCCUGUCCCCCAACUAUGUAUGUCCCAUUUUGUGGAAGUUUUGAUGUAGGAGAAUGGUGUCUCUCCUUUCUCUCUGCUUGACAGAACUGUCAUCCUAUCCUAGUGCCAACCAGCUUUAGCUUGAGUGUGCGUGUACUGAACUGCUGAAACAGCCUGUCAGCAGCAUCUCUCAGGAAUACCAGGGCAACUGACUGUCAUACAAACAGCUCAAAACAGGAUCUUGUUUUACCACAUGCUUUCUUGGAGUCUGUAGACAUGGAACUGAGAGGUAGGAAGAGUUUAAUUCACACUGUGUUUGAGGUCUGGACAUACACUGAGACAGAAUCUUUGACAGUGUGAUAUCAAGCCUUUGCCUUGGUCAUGUUUAUGAACUGCCAUAGGUUGUCCUACCUUUCCUUGCCCUUCACAAGGACAAACACUCAAAGCUUUUCUUUUUUUUUUUUAACUACUCACAUUACUCCUUGCUCUCCUCUCUUGCCGUAUUCACUUAAAAGAAUCUGGCCAACUGCUCAGUACCGUUGUCAUGGCAACAGCAGCCUCCUGCAGCAUCUCCUCUCCCCUACCACCUCCCCCUCUGCUCUCAUCCUCCCGUCCCCGGGUGGACCCGAGGGGCCUGCGUCCGCCCCUGUCCUUGCCCCCAGUGCCAACCCCUUCUUGUGGAGCUGUCGGACCAGCAACAGGAAGAGCUUGAUUGUGACAUCCAGCACUUCUCCCACUCUGCCUCGGCCCCAUUCACCUCUGCAUGGACACCCAGGAAGCAGCCCAUUGGACAGCCCACGUAAUUUCUCUCCAAACACUGCGGCCCACUUCUCUUUUGUGCCAGCUCGCAGCCAUGGACACAGGGCUGACAGGACGGAUGGUCGUCGUUGGUCUCUCGCCUCUCUACCCUCCUCUGGCUAUGGAACCAACACCCCCAGCUCAACAGUCUCGUCAUCAUGUUCAUCUCAGGAGAAGCUGCACCAGUUGCCCUUCCAGCCCACUGCAGAUGAGCUGCAUUUCCUCACCAAACACUUCAGCUCGGAGAGCAUCACGGAUGAGGAUGGGAGAAGAUCUCCAGCCAUGCGGCCGCGCUCCCGCAGUCUCAGCCCAGGACGCUCACCUAUUUCAUUUGACCAUGAGAUCGUCAUGAUGAACCAUGUCUACAAGGAGCGUUUCCCUAAGGCUACUGCUCAGAUGGAGGAACGGCUGGCUGAUUUCAUAUCCACCUCAGCUCCUGACAAAGUCAUGCCUUUAGCUGACGGUGUCCUGAGCUUCAUCCACCACCAGGUCAUAGAAUUGGCUCGGGACUGCCUGGACAAAUCCCGUGAGGGUCUCAUCACCUCCCGCUAUUUCUACGAACUACAGGAGAACCUUGAGAAGCUACACCAAGAUGCUCAUGAGCGUUCAGAAAGUGGGGAGGUGACAUUUGUCACCCAGCUGGUUAAAAAGCUGAUGAUAAUCAUCGCCCGACCCGCCCGUCUGCUGGAGUGUUUGGAGUUUGAUCCAGAAGAGUUCUACCACCUGUUAGAGGCUGCUGAAGGUCAUGCUAAAGAAGGUCAGGGCAUCAAGUCUGACAUCCCUCGAUACAUCAUCAGCCAGCUGGGCCUCACCAGGGACCCUCUUGAGGAAAUGGCCCAGCUGAGCAGCUAUGACAGCGGUAACCCUGAAACGCCAGAGACAGAGACAGAUUCCACAGACAGUCGAGGAGCCACCGUACAACCACUUCAGCCUCAGCCUCAACCAAAAACUAAAACUCCACGUGAGGAAGACUUCGAGACCAUUAAACUCAUCAGUAAUGGAGCCUAUGGGGCUGUGUUUUUGGUGAGGCAUAAGGAGACCCGUCAGCGAUUUGCCAUGAAGAAGAUCAACAAGCAGAACCUGAUCCUGCGAAACCAGAUCCAGCAGGCCUUUGUGGAAAGAGACAUCCUGACAUUUGCAGAGAACCCUUUUGUUGUCAGCAUGUUCUGCUCUUUCGAGACAAGGAGACAUCUUUGCAUGGUUAUGGAGUAUGUGGAGGGUGGGGACUGUGCCACUUUGCUGAAGCACAUUGGGGCUCUGCCUGUGGACAUGGCACGCAUGUACUUUGCUGAGACUGUUCUAGCACUGGAAUACCUUCACAAUUACGGCAUCGUGCACAGAGAUCUCAAACCUGACAAUCUCCUGAUUACUUCAAUGGGACACAUCAAACUGACAGAUUUCGGCCUGUCCAAGAUUGGUUUAAUGAGCUUAACAACCAAUCUAUAUGAGGGCCACAUUGAAAAAGAUGCCCGAGAAUUUCUGGACAAACAGGUGUGUGGUACUCCUGAAUACAUAGCACCUGAAGUCAUUCUGAGGCAGGGCUAUGGAAAGCCAGUGGACUGGUGGGCCAUGGGAGUCAUCUUGUAUGAGUUUCUUGUGGGAUGUGCUCCUUUCUUUGGGGAUACACCUGAGGAACUGUUUGGACAAGUCAUCAGUGAUGAGAUAAUCUGGCCAGAAGGUGAUGAAGCUUUGCCUUCAGAUGCUCAAGAUCUCAUCUCCAAACUACUGCGGCAAAACCCUCUGGAGCGUCUGGGAACAGGGAGUGCGUUUGAGGUGAAACAGCACCGUUUCUUUACUGAUCUGGACUGGAACAGUCUCCUGAGGCAAAAGGCAGAGUUCAUUCCUCAGCUGGAGUCAGAAGAUGACACUAGCUACUUUGACACACGCUCAGAUCGGUAUCAUCACGUGGACUCGGAGGAAGAGGACGACACAAAUGAUGAUGACCAUCUGGAGAUCCGUCAGUUCUCCUCCUGUUCACCACGAUUCAGCAAGGUAUAUAGUAGUAUGGAGCGUCUUUCCUUGCAUGAGGAGAAGCGCACCCCUCCUCCCACGAAGCGCAGUCUUAGUGAAGAGGGAGGAGAGCGUAUCGAUAGUCUCAGUGGCCUAAAGUCUCGAGACCGGAGCUGGCUGGUGGGCUCACCUGAGAUCCUAAGGAAGAGACUUUCUGUUUCCGAGUCAUCUCACACCGAGAGCGACUCCAGCCCGCCUCUGACUGUACGUCGGCGCUGCUGCUCGGCCAUCAUCGAAAUGCCUCGAUUCGCCAUUUCCAGCGAAGAGGAUAGUGGUGUGGGGAGCAGGAAGACCCCAGUGAGGGGCCCUCGUGGGGAAGAUCUGCCUCAGGCCAUACCAGAGCUCCCUGUGGAGAGAGAGCUCAGGCUGGAUGAAUCGCCAACCACACCAGGCUCCACUUCCAGCCAGAUCAGCCAAUCCACAGUCACACCUGGUAGUUCUGGUGACGUGUUGGAUCGAGCUUCUCGCUACAGUGCUGAAGGAUCUGAAAACUCUACUCCUAAAGCCAUCAGUGAUUUGGCAGCUCGUAGAGCUCGCCACAGACUGCUGUCAGGAGAUACAGAGAAACACACAUCACGCCCACUUAACAAGGUUAUCAAGUCAGCUUCAGCGACUACCCUCUCACUUAUGAUCCCUGCUGAUCACCACGGUGCCUCUCCUCUGGCCAGUCCCAUGUCCCCUCACUCUCUCUCGUCUAACCCAUCAUCACGUGACUCCUCACCCAGCCGAGACCUGUCCCCAGCUGUCUCCAGUGUCAAACCUGCCAUAGUCAUCCACCGAGCCGGCAAGAAAUACGGUUUCACCCUGCGUGCCAUCAGGGUUUACAUGGGAGACACAGACAUUUAUACUGUGCACCACAUGGUUUGGCACGUAGAGGAUGGGGGACCUGCUCAUGAGGCUGGACUGAAAGAGGGAGAUCUCAUCACACACGUUAAUGGAGAGCCUGUCCAUGGACUUGUGCAUACAGAAGUUGUAGAGCUCAUUCUCAAGAGUGGCAGUAAGGUGUCCAUUUCUGCUACGCCCUUUGAGAAUACAUCUAUUAAAGUUGGCCCUGCACGCAAAACCAGCCACAAGUCCAAAAUGGCCCGGCGCAACAAAAAAACCAAAACCAGAGAAGGACAAGACAGUAAGAAGAGAAACUCCCUGUUUCGUAAGAUCACCAAACAGGCGACCCUUCUCCACACCAGUCGUAGCCUGUCCUCUCUGAACCGCUCAGUCUCAUCAGGUGAAAGUGUCCCAGGGUCUCCCACGCACAUGUCCCCUCGUUCACCCACACAGGGCUGUCGUUCCACACCCGACUCUGCCCACUCAGUUGGUGGAAACUCUUCUCAAAGUAGCUCACCUAGCUCGAGUGUGCCAAACUCUCCUGCCAGUUCUGGUCAGAUCAGACCCAGCUCCUUGCAUGGUCUGGCUCCCAAACUACAGCGCCAGUACCGCUCCCCCCGCCGGAAGUCAGCAGGCAAUAUCCCAUUAUCCCCUCUGGCUCGUACACCAUCGCCCACCCCUCAGAGCACCUCCCCACAGCGUUCUCCUUCACCCCUGCCAAGCCACUCACUCAUCACUUCUUCAAUAGGCCAGUCUUUCCCUGUCAAACUCCACUCUUCACCUCCAUUAGUAAGACAGAUAUCCCGCCCAAAGAGUGCAGACCCUCCUCGAUCUCCUCUGCUCAAACGUGUCCAAUCAGCUGAGAAGCUUGCAGCCUCUCUUUCUUCUUCAUCCUCCUCUCCUUCUCCAUCCUCUGCUGCUGAUAAAAAGCUGCCAGUUGGUGCCAGCCGCAAACACAGUCUUGAUACCUCACAUUCAGAUUUUAAAAAAGAGAUGCUGCAGCGUGACCCCAGUCUACAGAGCCUGCAGGAGUCAGCCGGUGAGACUCUAAUGGGAGGAAGAGUGUCUCCUGCAGAAAAGGGCAGCCUGCAGAAAAGUUCAGUUCGUAAACUGGGCAGGCAAGAAGGUCCCGAGUCUGGAACUGGAACUCUGGGACUUGUUCCUGGGAAGAGUAAACUGAAAGACAAGCUGUCUGCCAUACGCCAGGAUCGUGCUGAGCGUCGCGAGUCUCUUCAAAAGCAGGAUGCCAUCCAUGAGGUGGACUCCUCAGAGGAUGAGACAGAUGAAGGGUCAGAAGAUAGCCAAGAUGGACGUAGGACAAGCUAUGUUCCUCCAAGCCAUGUCUUGAGGCCUACUACUGUAAUGGCCUCUCCCCAUACAAUCAGGAUGGGACCAGCAGCUCCACCAACACUGGGACUGUUGCCCUCAACGGUUGCACCCCCAGGCUUACCUCAGCCCAGCAGAGGACUGCAGAUACAAAGCCAAAGUACCACUCAAUCUCAGACUCAAACUUCAGCCUCACUGUCAAUGCAAGUUACGGCCAAGCCCCCAGAACAGUAUCCUACAACCUCUAUUGUGGCCCAAGGCUCCAGUUCAACACUAGCUGAAGAGUCAUGCAAGAAAGAGUCAAAGGCACAGGACUCUCAAUUCAAUGUUAGGCCUUCUCCACCUCAACCCAGCCCUCUAUCCAGCACCUUUUCCACCCAUGGUAGCGCCUUUACCUCUGUCAGCAAAGACCCAUUUGUCAAACCCACCACACCUCCACUGGAUCCCCGGAGGACCCCCAAAACUUCUGAGCCCGGGUCCAAAACCAGUGGUAAAAUGGAUCCUAGCACUGCUUCUGGAGUGACCAGGGAUAUCCCUGUUGCUACCACACCAACUGGAGGCAUCACCAAGGAGAUGAAGGAGGCUGACAAUCGCAGACAGGCUGCAGCUGCCGCUGCUGCUACUGCAGCUGCUGCAGCCUCUCCAUCAACUCCCUCUGAGAGUGGAAUGGACAAAGUUGUGUCUCAACUGGCCACUGUGGCUAAGAGUGUGCUUGGCCCUGUCAAACUCAACAUCCCAGGUACUAAAGAGGCCUCGGAGCGGACAAAGGACCAGCGUCCCCAGACAGAUCCCACCCACCCAAAGAUAAAAGAAUGUCGUCUGGAGCGUCCUGAUUCUCCUGACCGCUUGAGUCCAUCUGCUGCUUCCGGCUCCCAGCCUCCACGGCUGACUGAAUCUCCCUCUAAACAAACAUCAUCCAAAUCUGAGCCAGCCUCAACUUCUCAGAGAUCUUUAGAGGUCCCAGGGACUUCCAAAAGGCCAACUCCUCCAAACUCCCAAGCUGAGGAAGAACAUCAGGAUAGACCAGGGACUCCGAGAAGUGGCACCACACCAAGGCCUAGGUCUGAAGCACAAUCUCAGGCCCAAGCAAAGCCUAGUUCCACUACUUCACGAGACAAAUCCAACAAGACAACGUAGCAGCCUUGCAGAAAGACCCAUUUUCUCCAGCUUUAAUUUAACUUGGCUAUGACAGACAAAUACACAUCGUAACACAAAGCAGUUGUCCUGUUUAAUGUCAAUAUCCCUGUGAAAAGACUGUGGAAAGAUAAGACAGAGGAAGAGAUGGAGGUGUUUACAGAUGAUCUCAACAGCUUAAUUUCAGAAUGUUUUAUGCUCUGCUAUUUACUAAAUAACUGAGGCUUCAUAAUUGUUUGUUUUUCUUGUUCCUACUUUUUGAGUAUUUUUCUCAGCAUCUAGAAAACCUGGAAAAUUUCUUGGGUCUGGGCCUGAGAGACAGAAACCAUGUCCACUUACAGUAUAUUACCUCUUCAUAUUAUCUUUAUAUUACUUUAAUAAUCUUCUCUUGUAGUAGGUAUAGUUGUGCCUUAAAGCAACACCUCAGCAUUUCAUUUGUAUUUCUUUCUGCCUGUUCAUCUUUGGAGGAAGACAUAUUGCAGCAAUAAGAGUAGCGUAUCCCGAGCAAUUUUCACAAACAUACAAAGUUGAUUUCGUCACACCUGUAGUAUAUAAAGAAAAACCACACUGCAUUUUCCAUCUUUUUCUUACUUUUCACUUGUGUCAGCUUUCAGUUGUGUCGGACAGCUGUGAGAUGUAUGUCUAUGAAAAUACAACCUGAGAUUUUUCCUUUGGCACAGCCAUCACUAAUGUUGUAUAUGGUAACUGAAAUUUGGAUGUAUAAUGGGGAAGAAUGAUGGCCACUAAUUGCAUGAAUUACCUCUUUACAUGUUACUUAAUGUUUCUAAUAAGAAAUAAACAUGUUUUUAGAAAUUA